AUGACGCAAUAUACAUGGAAUAUCACGUAUCACAAGCCUCGAAGAGACCGUUUCGUGGUUCACUUCGUGAAAGCACUGCAGCCGUCAAGCAAAACAAGCUCGCUGAUGAUCUUCAGCACCGUGUCUUUCUUGUUCCUGGCCGGAUUUCUGCUGUGGUUCAUGUCUUGGAGAGAAAGCAAGCUCAUCCGACCAGCAGCGCUUUACGAGAACGUCAAGAUAAUCAAAUGCCGCAAGAAGCGUAGACCACUAAAAUCUUACUUCAACUUGUUCAAACCCGGCAAACGCAAGGAUCUAGUCGUAAUGAAAGAUCUGACUGAAGCAUAA